AUGAUCAAAUUGUUCAAGCGGAGCACCUCCACUGACACGUGUCAACAUCACCACCACUUUCACCACCCUGUAUUGGGCCUCAGCCUCGCCACCACGGACAUCCACAGGACCCCCAAUGUUCUCGAGUCCGCCAUGCUCAGGCCCAACAACGCUCAUCCGCUCAACAACACACUCGUUGGAUCCCACGGCCACGUCGUUUGCGCAGUCCGCGGAUUGGCCUCCUGCACCGAGAGCCUAGGGUUCGAAAGCUCCGAUGAGAUCCACACCAACGCUAAUUCUCACGACGACGAUGUGCUUGAUGGCGACGAGAUUUGCCGGAGGAGGACGAUGAAGGAGGAGGGGCGAGGGAGGGUAAGGUCGUUUCCCCCGCCGCUGUCCUCGCUCAACCGGAACGGUAAACCGAUUUUUUAUCUCCGGCCGGUGAGGAAAGACGGGAGGCUGGAGUUGACAGAAGUGAGAAUAGAGCGACCGGAGAUUCUGCAUGCGUCGCGGCAUAACGGACGGUUGACAUUGCGUCUGCUGUCAGAUCUUGAGGAGGAGGAAGAGGAAGAAGAAGAGGAAGAGGAAGAAGAAGAGGAAGAACAACAAAAAGAACAACAAAAAGAAGAAAAAGAAGAAGAAAAAGAAGAAGAGAAGGUUGGGGAGUGGAGGUUCCGUGGUGUGGGAGGGAGUGAAGGGUUAAGGAGGUGUCACGAAAUGGUGAACCAUCAUCACCAUCACCAUGUUCAUGUGGGAAUCAGCAUUGUGUGA